AUGGACCCUCCGCGCCGCCACACAAUCAAGGAGCUCAUGGCCAUCCUCGACACCUCCCCUCCCGACACUCUCGUUGCGCAGCUCGCAGCGCAGCUCGUCCCCGUCGUCCUGGCCGAACUGGACUGCAUCGACGCCCGGCUCACCAAGCGCCAAGCCGCCCGCACGUUCCUCAAAGCCGAACAGGCGUUCCUCCAAGACAUGCACCGCGGCAUGGAGGCCAACCGCGCCAAGGUCGUGAUCAAGCUCAACCGCCUGCAAGGCGAGCAGUUCAGGCGUCUUCCCUCCACCAUGACGUCGGGAUUCGAGGCGUCGGCCAGGGCCAAGAGGGACGCCAUCGCGAGCAUUGACGCUGCGCUCGAGACCAACCGCGAGGCUGUGGAGGCGGUUAUCAGGGCACUGGAGAAGAACGAGGCAGCCAUCAACGAUGACUUGGCCGAGCUGGCCGCCCUCCAAGGCUGA